AUGACGUUGGAGAAACUAAUCGAGUUUGAAAAACGCGAUAAAAGUCACCCCGAAGAUGCCCUCGUUCUAGAGCCUUCUAGCGGCUGGCAUCGAUACAUCGUCCACCAGGCCGUGCUGCUUUUCGCGAAAUUAUGCUCGUUCUCGGUCGGAGAGGGCGCUAGAAGACGCCCUGUGAUCUGCUUCGCCGCGAAAUUCAAGAACAACGGCCAAGAAAAUGGACACUCCAACUCGGCAAGCUCAAGAAGAAGGCCGAAUUAUGCACCGCCGAGUUCAAGAGCUGAAGCAAAAAAGCCGGUCGACGAGCGGCUCGCAGCACAGCUUACUUCGCGGAAAAACUUGCUUACGGCGUAUUCGCGAGUUCCCGAGCUCAAUCCCCACGCCCCUUCCUUUGUUCCCGUUUUCAACACCAACACAAACAGCUCCCCACAUGUUCCCAUAAUGCCCGUUCCACAGCUAAACAAUCUUCUCAAUCUACAGGCAUCUUCUUUCACUCCUCGUCUGCCGUUCCCGCCGGAGCUGCUCAGUCAACUGCUGCCCAACACGAUAAAUUCACUUCCUGCGCCUAGUCCCGUCGCCCUCUCUUCAAGCCCAACUGUCCCGAUUCAAAGAAGCACGGACCUGUCGCAAUUCGUGAGUACGUUCAAAGAAUUCGUCCCACUCUCGGAGCGAAAAGAGAGCUUCUCGCCGCCGGAUAGCAUUGAUGAGGCGCCCUACUCGCCACCUUCUCAAGUUCAAUCUCCAUCUUCACAAACCGACUCCAAGCCUAAAGUACAGAGACCUGCGUAUGUACCGCCGCAUCUCAGAAAUCGCAAGCCUGAACAACCGAAACCUGACCAAAAGCGUGACCUAACCGAGGACGAAAAAGAUCGUCAAAAGAAUCGAGAGAGAAAAGAAAAAGCGAUGGCGUUGAAAAAUGAAGAAGAAAGACCUGCUUACAGUAGCUUCAAGCAGGAUCGAAAGACAAGAAGAAAUAGCUUCACGAAAAAUCCCCAAUCAAGGAUGGAUAUGCCGCGCGAGCGCUCCCCAGUUCGAUCUGAAACGCCUCCAUCCAAGCCAUUCACACUCGCCGACGAUUACGAGUUUACUUCUGACGAGGAUUUGGAUAGAGACUGGGCAGAUGAUGAGAUAGAGGACUCCGUUCUUGAGGAGAUCUCUAUUCUAGGGCUUAAUUUGAAACGUUCUUACGAUAUCGUGAUACCGAAUUAUAUGCUGGAAAUAUACGACUUUCCGAAAUCAGUGAGGACAAGAGAUCUUAUUGCGGCAUUUUCUACGACAUACGAUGGCUUCAGCGUUAGAUGGAUUGAUGAUACUCAUGCAUUGGCGAUCUUUAGAUCUAAAAAUCAGUGCGAAGAAGCUCUCGCUCGAGGCGGGAGCGGCGAGUUCCGUGUCCGAGAACUGUCAAAAUCUUCGGAUGUUUCUCGAAGAAAAGCCGCUAGUGUCGCUAAAGAGCAGCGAUGGGAAGCAUCUUCUAAUGCCGUGAGGCCAGAGAUGAAUCCCACGGUGGCGAAGCGAAUGAUCGCCGCCAACUUGGACUCGGUGAUAGCGAAGCAGAUCAGAUCUGCGGAGCGAGAAGAAAGAGCGCUCAAGGGUGAAUCAUCUUCUCCUGUUCAACAAAAACCUAGUCGAUCUACUAGCAGUCAUUUCGUUCACAAUCCGCUUACUGUAGACUCAGGUGGACCACAAAGCUAA